AGGAAACGUAGAGAGGGGGUUGGUUUAUUCGCCGACGAUACCUACAUCGUCACCGUUCUCUCUGUCUCUCUCUCUUCUAGUCUUCUCACAUCUCAGAAGGAAUAUAAGAGUAUUGGAGAAGAAUUCCGGACACACGCAUACAGAGAGGGAGAGAGAUGUGGGUCUCCUGGAACGUGCUCUUCACCGUCGGAUACGCCUGGUUCUGCUCCCUCUCUCCGUCAUCAUCCUCGUCCCCGCCGAUAUCUGGACCGUCAGAUCUCUUCCCUCUUUCAUCCCUUGAUUUCCUUUCUGAAAUUGAAGUGACAUCUUGUUUGUACUGAAAAAAAAGGUAACAUCUUAUUCCCUUUUACUUGAAGCACUGUUUUGUAGUUUCCGUAUGAUGGAGCUUGCUGGUGAUGUUGAUCGACAAUGAGCUUGGAGCAAUCGAACUUAACCGUGCUCUCGGAAUUAGUCGGAGUAAUAGAAUUUCUUUACCGGUUAAUUACUUUGAUUGGGCUAGGGGGAAUGCAGCAAUAUAAUUUAUUUUUCUUAAUCACAUGAUAGGCAAAGAAGGGGCUUAUACUAGUAGACAUUGGGAAGCAAGAAAACAUAUGCUCAGUGCGUCGAUCCGUACAGGCGGAUGUUUAGUUCCACAUCAGUUAUUCACUGGGUAAAUAUUGGAUGCUUGUAUAGAAUCAAAAAAUUCAAAUAAUACUUUUUAGCUAGUUUUUUUGGGUGAGAUUCUGGGUUGUUACUCAUGGUACCCAAGCGGACCUGACCUAUAAUUUAUGUGAACUAGAUGGCACUGCAACAUGAAUUUAUUGGGGUUGAUCAUGGGUCGAUUGUGGUGCUUAUGAUUAGAUUUGAAUGGAUUUAAAUCUUUAGAUUGACGAGAACGUCAGGGCUUAAACAUGAAAGUAUGUGAGGACACGUACGAGCAUGUGUGCAGUCCUAUAUCGGUUAUUCGUUGGAUAGAUUUUGGGUACUUAUACAAAAUCAAGGAGCCCAACUAAUACUUUUCAGUUAAACUUUUUGGGUGAGGUCUUGAGUUGUUACAAGCAUAUGUACUUCUUCGCCUCAUUUUCCACUUGUAUCCAUGCAUUAGCUGCCAAUGCGAUGUAAAUAAAUUGUUGAAUCUUUUUUUCUUGAUUGACAAAUUGAUAUAUCUGGAGUCUUCGGUCAUUAUGAAUUUAACAUAUGGUUCGAGCAUCUUGCUAUUGUUCUUUUACAUCACUAGAAGGCUAAAUGUCUUGACCCUUCUAAUGCUUCUUCAGCCUUUCAUUCUGGACUAGAAGGCCAGGAUCAUGUUCAUGUUGGCAUUGGUUGCUUCCUGGAAUAGCUGUUAUGCUGGAAUUUAGCACCUUGACUGCCGCAUGUUCUGUUCCAAUUGAUGGCUUGGUUGUUGGGACUCGGAGGGAAUGUGAGGACCCUUGUGCUAAGGAGAGUGUUCUGGAGGGCCUUGCUUGCAAAAGUAUUCUUGUCAUGGUCUGCAAUGGAGCCAAAGAGUGUGAUUUUCCAAAAUACACAUAUAAAAAACUGUCAUGUUGUUGGCUGCUUUUGGCAGGAUGGACUGGAGGUGUUGUUGGCUUAGCUAUGGCUUGCUCAAAUACCUUUGAGCUUGUGACAGGUGCAUUUCUUCUUGGUUUUGGUUUGAGUGAAAUUCCUAGGAGCAUUUGGAAGAAUGCUUAUUGGAUUAAUCACCAAAAGGUUCUUUCUCAUGAGGUUGCAAAAAUGGCUGUAUGCCUUCAUAAUGCUUAUCAAGGAUUCCCAAAUGCAACAGUGGUGCUAGCUGCAGCGAUAUGGGUGAAGGGGCAGGAAAGAGAUCAAUGGAGGGAAAGAUAAAAUUUAUGUUGUUCACUCAGUUCAAAGAGCCAGGGGAAGGAUUAGAGUGGGAUGGGGAGCUGAUUGCAGUUAAGGAUGGGUUCCAUAGAGCAUUCCUUCUUCUAAAGUUGGUAGCAGUAUGAUAUUCAUAUUUCUGAUCUUAAAUAUAUUAUGUUGUUUGAACACUCGAGUGAACCAGUAGCCUUCAUUUCAUAUUCUUAGUUCUGGAUAUAACUUCUUUGUCUUCUUGCCAAAUAUGCCUCUGUGAAAAAUCUUUAAAACUUGUCUGUCAUGGAGUAGGAAAGUAUAGAUGUUCCAAGACUUGAAUAAAAUGAAUGGAGGCAUUUGAAACUAUGACUAGGCUCCCUCUAGCUGGUUUCUUAUGUGAGCUUCCUUGCUGUGCUCAUCCUUCCUUAUAGCCCAUGAUCUAUCAUCACCUUCAGCUUGAGCAAAGGAAAAGAAUACACGGGAAUAACUGGUAUGGAGCUGCUAGUUGGAGGCAGCUUGGACUGGUGCCCCUGCUACCCGCCAUCAUAAACUAAUUAGUGAAGGGGAAGAAAUAGAACUACCUUGGUUCUGCUUAUAUAUGUGCUCAUAGUAGAACCAUUUCCAGCAGUUCUCAUUUCAUCUUUACUUGGUUCUCAUGCUUUCUCUUACUCACUUUUUCAUGACCUUAUACCUAUUAAUGUACCAUGCAUGCACAAAGGUUUAGAAUAGUUUAAUAUCAUGCCUGGUUUUGUAAUGUAAAUAAUCAUACUACACUAAAUGGUGCUAGUACUGUCACAAAUAACAGAGGAUAGAUGCAAAAACAUCUUAGUUACACUAAAGUUAAUGUGGCUUUGUAUAUUCUAUAAUUUGUCUAACCUUUUUUCUCCCUAAUUGCUGUACCUAAUCAACUAUCAUCUCAUCAAGUGAGAACAAAACUGAAGCAAUUGCAUCACACACCAACUUUACUAUGAAUCUUGAUGCUGGUAACGAACUUAGCGCAAUAUUUAACAACUUCAAGACAUAAAUUAACUUUAGAAACAUAUAAAGAAUAUAAAAUCUGUUAUUCUGGGUGUGGUAAUUAUGUUUGUCAAUACCUAGCAUGAUGUAUCAGGGAAGCUGAGCAAUACUGACCCCUUGAUAUACUAGAUCUGUAUUGUUUCCGUUUAGUCCAAAAUUUGUAUGUAUUGCAUGGAGAAUUUCAAAUGGUGCACCUCUCUCAGUAUUCUGGUGAUUUGGUUUUCAUAUGACUUUGUCUAAUGCUUGUGAUAUCUCUUUAUGAUUAGAUAUUUUCAUAUAUACAACAGAACUUGUAUUAGAACUUGACUAUUGAGAUUUACUUUAACCCUUAUUCUUAUUAAGUGACCACAUUAAACUCCAAAAUUAAUUUUACACUCAAGCCAUUCUACUGUCGUUCUACUUUCUACCUCCCCAUCUAUCACUUCAUAUAAUCAUUUCGUGAAAAAACAUAUUGUCAGUGUGAUGAUAAAUGAUGACUUAUAAUUGCCACUCACUUUUAUCGGUGAAUUCACAUUCUUCUGCUUAUUCUUUCAGGUUCAACUAUUCUAUUAUUGAUAAAAUGAAUUAUUAUUGAUAAAUGGUACUUUGACAAAGUUUGCAGUUCUAGUUAUGAAUAUUAUAUAGAGUAAAGAAAAGGUUUGGGUCAUAGACAUUAGUUUCCUAUAAUAUCCAAGAUUCUUUUCUUUUAGUUAUAUGAAGAUCCAACUUUCAAGCCAUCAGGGGGUAGAUCGGGAGAAAACGAUAUGGAUUAUGAUAUAGAUGAGAGAUCAAUGUUUGCACAUUAUACCAGAGUCUAUUGCUUUGAAUCCCUCGAUGAAAUCUUUCAGAGAUUGAAGCAGCAUCCUAGUAGGGACCAUAACAACGAAUAUGGUUAUGGUGGCAAUGACGACGAUAUGAAGUUCAGGGUCAUCCAGAAUAGUAUUGGGCAUGUUCAUAACAGAAACCCAAAUUCAAAUCUUGUUUUAUCGUAUCAGUUUUCUGUUUCAUGAAACCGAAAUGAAAGGUGUACAAUAGCAAUUCCUGAUAUUUUUCCAAGGAAUGUGGGUAAUGUAGAAGAUUGAUGAUAUACCAAUAGCCAUAUUGUUGUAUUUACUAGUAGUCAUAGGGGAUGGCCACAUAUCUUAGACAGCAGCGAAGAUACCAAUGUUCAUUUUGUUUCAUCUCUGUUACAUGGAACCAGAGGAUCAAUAGAAUAUCUGCUGCUUUUCUGACAAAAAGAAUCAAUGAAACUUUGUUGUUUUUUAUUUUA